ACUGGGACGCAGAGUCCGAGGACUCGGCGCCUAAGCGGUCGUUGGAGACGCGGUGCUUACGCUCCUGGCCCGGUGAGGCGCGGGGAGCAGCUCCGCCGCCCGGGAAGGGGACACGGGGAGGAGCGGGUGGGGUCACCAAGAGGAGCUUGGACCAAGGGGUGUCAGCUUGGCACCGCGCUGCGUAACCUGACGACCCACCCCCAGCAGCCCGGCCUGGCCAUGGCGGCCCCCCGCCCGCCUCCCGCGAUCUCCGUCUCCGUCUCGGCCCCUGCAUUUUACGCUCCGCAGAAGAAGUUCGCCCCGGUUGUGGCCCCGAAGCCCAAAGUGAAUCCUUUCCGGCCUGGGGACAGCGAGCCUCUUCUGGCAGCCGGGGCCCAACGAGCACAAAUGGGCCGGGUGGGCGAGAUCCCCCCGCCGCCCCCGGAAGAUUUUCCUUUGCCCCCUCCUCCCCUUAUUGGGGAGGGGGACGACUCGGAAGGUGCCCUGGGAGGUGCCUUCCCACCUCCACCUCCCCCGAUGAUCGAGGAGCCAUUCCCCCCUGCUCCUCUGGAGGAGGACAUCUUUCCCUCACCUCCACCCCCCCUGGAGGAGGAGGGAGGGCCUGAGGCCUCCACCCAUCUCCCACCACAGCCUAGGGAGAAAGUGAGCAGUAUUGACCUGGAGAUCGACUCUCUGUCCUCACUGCUGGAUGAUAUGACCAAGAACGAUCCGUUCAAAGCCCGGGUGUCGUCUGGAUAUGUACCCCCACCAGUUGCCACUCCAUUUGUUCCCAAGCCUAGUACCAAGCCUGUCCCUGGGGGCACAGCACCCUUACCUCCUUGGAAGGCUCCUUCUAGCUCCCAGCCGCCACCUCAGCCACAGGCCAAGCCUCAGGUCCAUCCCUUUGUCCAGCCUCAGGCCAAGCCCCAGGUCCAGCCUGUUGUCCAGCCUCAGGCCAAGCCCCUGGUCCAGCCACAGCCUGUGUCUUUUGCUAAUACACAGCCCCGAGGUCCUCUUUCUCAGGCCUCAACUCCAGCACCUAAGUUUGCUCCAGUGGCUCCUAAAUUUACUCCUGUGGCUUCCAAGUUCAGCCCUGGGGCUCCCAGUGGACCUGGGUCACAGCCCACUCAAAAAUCUGUGCCUCUGGAAGCUUCUUCUUCUGUGGGCAUGGGGUCCCCUCAACCUCCUAGCUUCACCUAUGCUCAGCAGAAGGAAAAGCCCCUAAUUCAAGAGAAGCAGCACCCAGUGCCUCCACCAGCUCAAAACCAAAACCAGGUGCGUUCUCCUGGAGGCCCAGGACCUUUGACCUUGAAGGAGGUGGAGGAGUUGGAGCAGCUGACCCAGCAGCUGAUGCAGGACAUGGAGAACCCUCAGAGGCAGAGCGUGGCUGUGAAUGAGGCCUGCGGCCAAUGCAAGCAGCCGCUGGCCCGUGCACAGCCUGCAGUCCGGGCGCUGGGACAGCUGUUCCAUGUCACCUGCUUCACUUGCCACCAGUGUCAGCAGCAGCUCCAGGGACAACAGUUCUACAGCCUGGAGGGGGCACCGUAUUGUGAGGGCUGCUACACCGACACUCUGGAGAAGUGCUACACCUGUGGGCAGCCCAUCACUGACCGCAUGCUGAGGGCCACCGGCAAGGCCUUUCAUCCCCAGUGCUUCACGUGUGUGGUCUGCGCCUGCCCCCUGGAGGGCACCUCGUUCAUUGUGGACCAGGCCAAUCGGCCCCACUGCGUCCCUGACUAUCACAAGCAAUACGCUCCGAGGUGCUCUGUCUGCUCAGAGCCCAUCUUGCCAGAGCCUGGCCGGGAUGAGACAGUGCGAGUAGUCGCCCUGGAUAAGAACUUUCAUAUGAAGUGUUACAAGUGUGAGGACUGUGGGAAGACCCUGUCUAUUGAGGCAGAUGACAACGGCUGUUUCCCCCUGGAUGGCCAUGUCCUUUGCCGGAAGUGCCACACCGCUAGAGCCCAGACCUGAGUUGAGGAUGGGCCUCCUUCCAGACCACAGGUGUCCAUCCCCCACCGUGGACCACCCACACUGAGACCAAUCCUUGCCUCCACCCUCCUGCAUUCCAAACCCCUCCCCAAUGUCUCAAGUGCCCUGACCCAGGGCCUCAGCAUAGCCUAGAAGUGCUGAGGCCCCGUCCUGGUGCUGAGGCCCAGCCCUGGGCUCCAACCUUUGCCUCUCCUGCAGGGAUUUCCCAUCAUCCUGAGGUCCCCAACCCAAGGGUCACAUUUAGUGCUGCUGCUUUCACUGCUGCACCAAUGCCCUUGGCUGGCCUGAGCCACCUAUGCAAUGUGCUUGCUGAGGGUAGAAGCUCUCACCCUCCAGGAGCCUGGCUCCAGCAGCGUGGACACCCACCUUGCCCUGUGCUGCUAGGUUGUGGCCACAGCUAAGAUGAUAAAACCUCAUUUUUCCAGAAUUCCUGGCAGUACUUGAUUUCUUUGAAUAAUAGCUCCUGGGGUGGAAAUAGAGGGACUAGGCAGGGGGAAAAAAA